GGCGCCUUCCGCUUUCGAGAUUUUGCGCGCGGACUCGGACCCGGAGCGCUUAGGAGGGAGCACGCUUCCUGCAGGCGGAGGAGCGCUUGGGGCAGAGAUUGAAAAUGGAAGUAGACGUUUGAUUGAAACUUGGCGUACUGGACUGUCUCACUACUGCAUCCUUCCCCCACUUCUAGUGAGGAGGUGCCUACAAUUCCAUGUGCCGCCCAGUUUGUGCUUGGAGAUGUCGUCCAAUCUUUCCUACUACGCUCUACGGAUGGCCCACUUGAGCGCUCGGAUAUUUGGAGAAGUGGCUCGCCCAACUGAUUCAUCAUCCAUGAAAGUCGUGAAGCUGUUAAGCGAGCAGCCCUAUGCGAAACGGAAGGAAGUUUAUGGCUGGUAUCCUCCGCACAAUGCCUACCACAACCUCAUGACGAAACUUCGCUACUAUGGCCUCUACAGAGAUGAACAUGAAGAUUUCAAAGACGAGAUGAAACGGCUGAAAAAGCUGCGUGGGAAAGGACGCCCUGUGAAAGGAGAAGGAAAGAGAGCGCUGAAGAAGAAAUAACACAGUUGUUGCAGUAGACCUUGUAUUUAAUAAACACAUCUUGGACAGAU